AUGGGGAACGAGCGUUGGAAAACCGUGGGAGGAGCCUCGCAACUUGAGGAUGGGCAGCAGGAGAAAUCACAGAGGAUGAGCUGCGGGUACAUCCUGUGCACCGUCCUGCUCUCGGUGGCCGUGCUCCUGGCSGUGACGGUCACCGGGGCCAUCCUCUUCAUGAACCACUACCACACGCCCGUCACCGAGUCGCCGCCGGUCAUCAGCACCAACCCCGAGGAAGCCAACGCGCUGGUGACCAUCGAGAAAGCCGACAGCUCCCGCAUUAACAUUUUCAUCGACCCCAACUGCCCCAGCGCCGCCGGCACGCUGGGCCGCAUGGAGGGGCUGCAGACCUCCCUGCUGCGCGCYGUCACCGACCACGACGCCGAGGCCAAGGCCACCAAGAGCCAGCAGAAGGCCCUGCUGGUCACGGUGGCCGACGAGGUGGCCAAGCUGCUGACCCACGCCGUGCAGCUGCGCGCCGACUGCGACGGCCUCAAGAAGGGGCACAGCGCCAUGGGGCAGGAGCUGAGCGCYCUGCAGGGAGAGCAGGGCAGGCUCAUCCAGCUGCUCUCGGAGAGCCAGACCAACAUGGCUCGGCUGGUGAGCUCCGUCAGUGACGUCCUGGACACGCUGCAGAAGGACCGAGGCGGGGCCCGGCCGCGGCUCAAGGCUGACCUGCAGCGAGCACCGGCCCGGGGAGCGCGGCCCCGGGGCUGCUCCAACGGCUCCCGGCCCCGAGACUGCUUUGACAUCUACGCGAGCGGACAGCAAGAGGAUGGGAUUUACUCCAUCUUCCCCACGCACUACCCCGACGGCUUCCAGGUCUACUGUGACAUGAGCACGGAYGGGGGCGGCUGGACGGUAUUUCAGCGACGGGAGGACGGCUCCGUCAACUUUUUCCGCGGCUGGGAAGCGUACCGGGACGGCUUUGGGAAGCUGACAGGAGAGCACUGGUUAGGGCUGAAGAGGAUCCAUCUGCUGACGGUGCAGGGCAGCUACGAGCUCCGCAUCGACCUGGAGGACUUUGACAACGGCACCGCCUUCGCCCACUACGGCAGCUUCGGCGUGGGGCUCUUCUCCGUGGACCCCGAGGAGGACGGGUACCCCAUCACCAUCGCCGACUACUCAGGGACAGCAGGUGACUCCUUCCUGAAGCACAACGGGAUGAAGUUCACCACCAAGGACCUGGACAACGACCACUCGGAGAACAACUGCGCUGCCUUCUACCACGGCGCCUGGUGGUACCGCAACUGCCACACGUCCAACCUCAACGGGCAGUACCUCAAGGGCCACCACAGCUCCUACGCCGACGGCAUCGAGUGGUCCUCCUGGACCGGCUGGCAGUACUCGCUCAAGUUCACCGAGAUGAAGAUCCGGCCCGUCCGGGAGGAGAAUUAGCUGAUGGCAUGAACCCCUCCCCACCGUCCCCUGCCCUCCCCACCACCCUGCAGACCCAUCCCCCUCCCUGUCACCCUYCCCGUCCUUUCUGAGGGCUUGCCCAUCUCUGAGGGGCCCCUGAGGAGCACCUGCCACCGGUGAGGGUGACUYCAGCUCCUGGGCACCCACGGACAUUGCCAGACCUUUGCUGCCCACUGCCAUGGCUCCCCUGCGGCCAGAGCGGGUGUCCUGGCCAGAGUGACCCAAGGCUGGGGCACAGAGGGCAGCAGGGUGCAGGGAUUUGGGCAGAGGUGCCCAGCAGGGUCCAGCAAGGAAGAGAAAGGGCUGCCUGGAGGGGAGGAGGGAGGGCAGGAGGGAUGCAGCACCUCUGGUCACCUCUGCUCCGGGCACUGACACCUGGCUGUGCUCUUGCCAAGCUGGCAACGGACUGGGGGCACUUGCCAUGGGGAACCCCGGGCCCCCCAAACCCCCAGGACUGCGAUGAGGCCGCUGCUCCAGCUCUCCCCAUGGUGCUACUGGUGAUGGGGAGGGCUCAGCCUGACCGUGCCAGCGAUUCCUGCUCCGGACUGCACAAAGCUCCCCUCCGCCCCACGCAGCUGGGGAGGGACAACUACCAGCUCCUUAGUCCCUGUUGUCCCUGUCCUGAGUCCUGGAGCCUCCCAGCAGGUCAGGACGCCCCAAAGUGAGCCARCACAGUGCUGCAAGGACGCACACCCAGAGCUGAGCACGGCAUGAAUCUGUCUCGGCAGCGCUGGGGAAACGGGAAGCACRGCGAGGAAGAGGAGGAGGMGAGGAAGGUUCUCUUCCCAACACAGCUCUGCCGGCAUUUCACAGCUCCUCCCUCCCAACCGGACCCACUCGGAUUCACGUCGGACUUUGACCAUCCAAAAGCCGUGACCCUUCCCCCAAACAGCACAGCCACAUCUCCCCACGAGCCCCCUCCGCUCGCUGCCGGCCUGGGCACCCGCCUUCAUUUCCACCUCGGCUGAGCUGCAGCACUGGCUCGGCACCUGCAGAUCUCCAAAGCCUUUCAUUUCCUCAAAUCCCGUUAAGGUUUUGCAAAAAAAAGAAGCCCCGAGUGGGGCUUAGCAUCUGCAGGGCCCUGAUAACCGGGCGGCAGCACCAGCCGGCCCGAGCGGGAGCACCACGGGGUGCGGGACUGAUGGCUCCCUGCAACGACUCAAAUGGGGGAUUUUGUCCAAAAAAAUGAGAACCAAAUGCGAGCAGACUCUGAAGAGGGAGGGGAGGGGACAGACGGAGCUCUGCCACCCUUUACAUCAUUGUCUGUCUGUGAUACAGCAGAGCCCUGACCCCAAGAAACACCGUGGGACAGAUGGAUGGACUGAGGAGGGGAGGAAAACUCCCACUGUCCCCAUUUCCAGGGGGCUUAAAGCAUGGGCAGAUCAAAGGCUCAGCUUCCCAGCUGUGCCAGGUUUGUACUUCCCUCUGUGUUUCCAUUUUUAAGCCUUCCCCACCCUGAAUCUCGUGCUGGACAAGCUCUCUCACCUACUGGGUGGGUCCCUGUCCGUCUGUCCCAACAGGGAACAGGGACAAAUGAUGCAAUGGGAUCACCACAGCUUUUUACUCUGCCAGAGAGAUUCUUCAGAGCSCUCAGGUGAGGCUGAGCUCUGAGUGAAGGCACCAGCUCUACCACUCCAUCCAUGCCCAGAGCAGCUGCCCAGGCCGGAACAAUGGGAUUUGGGGGAACUCAGCAGUGGCAUUUCUCAGCACAACAGCAGGWGCCCUGACAGCUUCCAAGGAGCUUCCUGUGCUCCCCUGGACCUCUCUGGAAAGGGUCCUGCCUGCACCCAUCUUUACUUUUCGAUCAUUUAUUGGUGGAUCAGCUGUAGCUGGGUUUUCUGAUGCUUUGGGCAGGAAUGCACACGGAGCCCUGUGCCAGGUGGGAAGGCUCAUCCCCUCCCCAGCCCCCUGCACCGGUGUUCUGCCAUGCUGGGGAGGGAGCGCUGUACGUUGGUUUGUGGGUAGCACACCCCUGUGUCYCCCGGGACCCCCAAGGUUUUGUUUUGCCUUGCACGAGAGGUAUUUAAUCCAUGCCAGGACGCAGGAUUUCCCAGGAUUAUUCCCGAGAGCUCACACAUCUCUCCACGGCCCCGGAUUAGGUUAAAGCCRUCCGUGGUGACCCCUCCCUGGACAGAGGCGGGCAGGGGUGACCGGGGCUCUGGGGUAUGGCUGUGACCCUUUCUGGAGGAGCCCAGGGCCAGGCYGUGGUGUGUAGCAGUGCCGUGAAGUCUGGUCGUGUGUGAGUGUGUCCAACGCUGUUCAUGUGGACUUU